AUGGCAUCAGCCACAGAGUCCAGCAGCGACGCUUCUGAGAGUUCCGAUAAAAGUGGCUGCGAAGUUUACCUUCACGUGUACGAUCUAUCGGAAAACACAAAAUGGUUGGCCGAUGAGUUUUCCCUGAAGGACUACAACUGCGGUGCUUUCCACACUGGCGUCGAGGUCUACGGAAUGGAAUACGUGUUCCAGUACUAUGCAAACGAGCCGGACAACAACGAGCUUUCUGGUGUUAGCGCGCAGAUACCGAGGACUGAUUCGGCUUACGUGUAUAGAACCACGAUCGACAUGGGCUGGACGAACUACAGCAACGACGAAGUUCACAGGAUAAUUUACGAGGAAAUGCGGCCUCAGUGGAUUCACAACACAUACCACAUCACAAAAAGGAAUUGUGUCCAUUUCUCCUCAGCGCUUUGUCGCCGACUGGGCGUCAAAGACGUACCUGACUGGGUUUUCGGAGCAGCUAAGACGGCCGAUGCAACACGUGGUAUCUCGGCACUCGCUGACGCGGCGUGGCGCGCGGCGAAGUACUGGAAUUCCUAUUACUAUAAUGACGAUGACGAUGGGGAGAGCACUGGCAGAAAUGAAGUUGAUCCGGAAACUACCACCGUCACUUUCCCUUACCACGUGCAGCAGUGAAAAAUUUUCAAUUCACCAGUAUCUCGUGAAAGAGAACAGAGAUUCACCAGC